AUGGAGCAACAUCGCACCAGUAUAGAGAUAUCAGACUGGCCAUCAUCAUUUCAAAGGCUAUUGAAAAUUUUUUUUCAAAUCAAUACCCAUUUGACAUUUUUAUCAUCGCAUUCAAGAUCAACUAUACCGACGUAUGAUCUACUACAUAAACUAAAUGGAGACAUUAGCAAGCUAGAUUUGGCAAUUAUAGCCAACUUAUUACCUCAUGGAGAUGUAACUUAUGAAUAUGUGGAUGAGAAUCAAGUAAUGCUUUCAUUUACGGAAAAAGUUCAGUUCGAUUGGACUACGGGGUACCAUCAAUCCAAACCUAGUACGAUGGAUGAUGCUUAUAAGGAAGCUGCGGAAAUGAAAGGUGAAUUUGAUUCAAAACAAUUGCUUAUUUUUGACUUUAGGGAUACGAAAGUUCAGGGCAUUGGUUCGGUAAUUAAAGGAGGAAGAAGAGCAAAGAAACGAAAGACAGAACCAGUGGAUCCUGGCGAAGGGUUUUUUCUUUCUAGUAAGGAUCUUAGCCUUCAAAACCUAACAAAUAAACAGCUCCUGAACAUAAUAAUAGGUCGGAAUGAAAAAUUUAAACGGUGUGUAGCUGAUUAUUUGCAAUCUAUGACAGAGGAAGAAAUACACGGUGAGGAUGAUUUAGCUAUGAAGAAAUUACUUGAUUCGAAUCGAGAGAAGAUACCAAAGCCUCCUGACUUAGAAGAUCCCAUAGUAGCUCUUGACAAAAAUAACACAAGUAUUCCGUCGGAUGAAAAGCCAUCAUUAGACGACAUGAUAAACGCAUUAAAAUUGAAGCCAUUCUACAAGGAUCAGAUUGUUGCCAUUGAGACAUUGACACAUGCCCAAAGUGGUAAAUUUGAUAUGCUUCCUAUUAAAAAAGAAGACAGUGAAAUUGUGAUUCACCCAGAUCUAAAGAACGCACUCCUCAAUUAUAAAAAUAUAUCAAUUGAUGGUGGAUUGUACUUACAUCAAGCAGAGGCAUUAAAAGCAUUGAUGUUUGAUGAAUCGAAGAAUCAUGUCAUUGUAAGUACUUCAACCAGUUCUGGAAAAUCACUUAUAUACCAACUACCUAUUAUCAAUGAUAUUCUUUGGAACAUUAGCAAAGGUAACAAGAAAAGAGAAUGUACAGCAUUUUUUAUAUUUCCUACAAAGGCAUUAGCCCAAGACCAAAAGAGACACUUGCAAGAAUUUAUUAAGCAUCUUUCAAUAACGAAAGACAGACAAAUAAUUGUUGAGACUUACGAUGGUGAUACACCCGGACAUAACAGAAGUUCAAUACGAACAUUUGCAGACAUUAUUUUCACUAAUCCGGAUGCCAUACAUGCGUCUAUUUUGCCUAACCAUAGAGGUUCCUCUUCUGACAGGUCUAGUUGGCAUGAUUUUUUAUCUGGUUUGAAAUAUGUUGUAAUGGAUGAGUUGCAUGUUUACAAAGGUACUUUCGGUAUACAUGUGAGUUAUGUUAUGAGUAGGCUAAUGAGAAUAGUCACCAAAUUGCGUGAAGAUCAGGCUAUAUAUCCUUUUAACAAUUUACAGUUUAUAUCCUGUUCUGCAACUAUAAAAAACCCAAUCUCUCAUUUUAGGGCAGUUUGCGGGAUUUCUUCGAAAGAAAAGAUAGUCCAUAUAUCUGAAGAUGGCAGUCCGUGUUCCGAAAAGAAAUUAAUAGUAUGGAAUCCACCGGCUUUGAUGAAUAAAAAAGGACAAAUGACCUCCUCGGGUAGUUUUGGAAAAUCAAACUCCUUGAGUUCAGUCCUUGUACCAAGGGAAAAUUCUAUACUGGAGCUGGCAAAAUUGCUACUUCAGCUUUUGAAUAAUUUACCAACGAUAAAAGUUAUUGUAUUCUGUCCGAUUCGUGUUGUUUGUGAAUUAAUGAUGAAGGAGAUUAGAAGUUUGUUAUCAAAUUAUGCUAUCUCUAGCUCAUCUUUAUCUGAAAGUGAUAUUAUGUCGUACAGGGGUGGGUAUUCAAAAUCUGAUAGACGUAUAAUCGAAGAAAAAAUGUUUAACGGGAAAUUAAGGGCUAUUAUAGCAACAAAUGCAUUAGAAUUGGGUAUUGAUUUGUCAGAUUUGGAUGUGGUAAUUACAUGUGGUUUUCCUAUGCUGAAGCUGAAUUUGCAUCAGCAGUUUGGGCGUGCUGGAAGAGGUAAUGCAUCCCAGGGAAGUCUAGCUAUUUUCGUUGCUGGAUCCAAGCCACUCGAUCAACAUUAUUUGAGGUAUCCUUUAGAGUUGUGUGAUAAAAGUACAUAUGAAGAUUUAUGUGUUGAAGGUUUAAUGGAUUUGGGGCUGAAUCAGCUUAUUAUGGAAAUGCAUUUACAAUGUGCAGCCUUUGAAUGGCCAAUUGAUAUUGAAAGUGAUAUUGAUUGGUUCUCUCUGGAUGGAUCAAUAAAUAAGAAGAAUACCUUUAUUAAGCUAUGCAGAGAGAGGUUAUAUAAAGAUAAGGGUAAUAAAUAUAGAACAAGCCCACGUUACCUACCUUGGCCUGUCGAACAUGUGUCUAUUCGAGCUGUUGAGGAGACCAGCUAUGCAGUAGUCGAUACCACAAAUGGCCGUAAUAUUGUAAUUGAGGAAGUUGAAGCACUGAGAACAAGUUUCACACUUUAUGAAGGAGGCAUAUUUUUACAUCAAGGAUAUCCGUACUUGGUGACAGAGUUCAAUUCGGAUGGGUGUUUCGCAAAGGUUGAAAGAGUGAAAGUCGACUGGAUCACUCAACAAAGGGAUUUUACGGAUGUAGAUCCAAUCGAAGUUGAAUAUAUUAAAUGUUUAAAUCCACCUUUAGAUACAAACAAAAUUAAUGAUACACCUAUAUUUUUUGGUAAGAUUGAAACAACAAUAGUGGUUUUUGGUUAUUUCAAGGUCAAUCGAAGAUCAGAAAUACUUGAAGCAGUUGAAGUCAAAAAUCCACCUGUUAUUCUUCAUUCUAAAGGAUUUUGGAUUGAUAUCCCUCUGGAAGCCUUAAAUGUAAUUCAAGAAAAGUCCUUAUCUCCUGCUGCUGGCAUACAUGCUGCUCAACAUGCAAUCAUGAAUAUCCUUCCGUUAUUCAUAAAUGGUGGUGCGACUACUAAUCCCAACGCAAAGUUUACAUCUAAUGUAGGAGAGUCCGAGUUAAUGACUGAAUGCAAAGCACCAGAGAAAGAAUUCGCCCGAAGGCAAACUAAACGGAAAAGACCCGCUCGUUUAGUAUUUUAUGAUGCAAAAGGUGGACCUCAAGGAUCCGGUGUUGCAGCUAAAACCUUUGAACAUAUUGAUGAAAUUUUGCAUACCACCUACCUUAGGGUAAAAGAUUGUGAAUGUGAAUGGGGCUGUCCUAGUUGUGUUACUGCAAGCUUUUGUAAAGAAAUGCUGUUGGUCAUGUCCAAGCCAGCAGCAAUCAUUAUAUUAGGUGCUUUAUUAGGAUUGGAUUUGACUGACUUAAGGGAAGAAGUUUCUGAUGGCCCAGAACCAAAUAUGCCAGAAUUAAAUGUAGAAACAAUUCAACCCAGUGGUUCUGUAAAACUCUCAGCUGAUGUGGAAAUUUUAGAAGUAAGGGAAGCAUCGGAACCUUUGAAACCUUUAAUCAAAAAAGAGGAGGUGUAA